GCUGUGCAGACAGGAAUAUCAGUUCUCCUUUACUUCUGCAUCACCGACAGUAGAGGAGAGACCACUGCGCUCUAAAGCCUACUGGACAUCUUUGAAUUUUAGCAGACAGCAACAAUGCGGGUCUCUGCAGGAACAUAGCAGUCUGGAACCCAGCAGGAUUCUGUUAGUGUCAACAGUCAACAUUCUACUCACUAUGGGAUUCUAUGUAGUCUGAUCUUUAUUUUUUACUUUUCAAUAUUUUAUUCACUCUUUUUGUUCCUGUUUUUUUUUAUAUCUGAUGUGGUAUGGCUAAUGUUUCUCUGAUGGAUCUGGGAGUUCUACUUUUAAUUGGACUAGCAGCUGUCUUUGCAAAUGGUUCUUCAGCCCCCAGUAAAGAUGUUGUCGAGAGGGAAGAGUUGGAGACCAAUGAGAUGAACUUGGUCUCCAGGUCAACCACAGUGGGUGGGGCCAGCAGUGUGGGUGUGGCCAGCGGUGUAGGUGUGGCCAGCGCUGUAGGUGGGGCCAGCAGCAAUGGGUCCCGGAACAUCACUGAGGCGCGGCGUAGAGACAAGCGCUGCACGUGUUACAGCUACAGAGACAAGGAGUGUGUCUACUACUGUCACCUGGACAUCAUCUGGAUCAACACACCAGAGCGUACAGUGCCGUACGGUAUGUCCAGCUACAGAAGCUCCCAGCGUGUACGUCGCUCCAGUGAGAGAGGAGGAGGAGGAGGAGGAGGAGGAGGAGGGAAGGAAUCACAGCGCUGUGUGUGUGCAGAGCAGACGGACAUAGAGUGCAGCAGAUUCUGCAUUGACAGGCAGAGGUUACGGUAGUCACCUGAACAGGAGAAACACAUGUCUUGUGUCUACCUGCCCUAACACAUCUUCAACCUGAGUACAACUUCUGAUACCUGCUACAGCAACAACUACAGUUCAACUACAGAAUGAUACCAGUUACAGCAACAACUACAGACUGAUACCUGCUACAGCAACAACUACAGUUCAACUACAGACUGAUACCUGCUACAGCAACAACUACAGAUCAACUACAGACUGAUACCUGCUACAGCAACAACUACAGACUGAUACCUGCAACAGCAACAACUACAGUUCAACUACAGACUGAUACCUGCUACAGCAACAACUACAGACUGAUACCUGCUACAGCAACAACUACAGUUCAACUACAGACUGAUACCAGCUACAGCAACAACUACAGUUCAACUACAGACUGAUACCUGCUACAGCAACAACUACAGACUGAUUCCUGUUACAGUAACAACUACAGACUGAUACCUGCUAUGGCAACAACUACAGUUCAACUACAGACUGAUACAUGUUACAGCAACAACUACAGACUGAUACCUGCUACAGCAACAACUACAGACUGAUACCUGCUACAGCAACAACUACAGACUGAUACCUGCUACAGCAACAACUACAGAUUGAUACCUGAUACAGCAACAACUACAGUUCAACUACAGACUUAUACCAGCUACAGCAACAACUACAGACUGAUACCUGCUACAGAAACAACUACAGACUGAUACCUGCUACAGCAACAACUACAGAUUGAUACCUGAUACAGCAACAACUACAGUUCAACUACAGACUUAUACCAGCUACAGCAACAACUACAGACUGAUACCUGCUACAGAAACAACUACAGACUGAUACCUGCUACAGAAACAACUAUAGAUGAUACCUGAUACAGCAACAACUACAAACAGAUCCCUGAUACAGCAACAAGGACAGACUGAUACCUGCUACAGCAACAACUACAGUUCAACUACAGAUUGAUACCUGCUGCAGCAACAACUACAGGCUGAUGAUACCUGAU